UAAGCCACAGUCCAAGAUGCCGACUCGGUCGUAGUUGUUAAUGAAAAAAGUGAAGCUGUAUAGUGACCGCGGGUUGUGUGCAAUGCGUGCGUGUGCUGUCGUUCAAUUAGACGUAGUGAAAUUAAUGUCGCGAUCCUUCCACACAGCGCCACGCAACAAAAUAACUACGAGGCAACAAGCCUCAUAAUCGCUUAUGCGCGCGUAUGCAAGGAGCAAGCCCGAAGCGAAGCGGGAAAAUCCACCUCAUCACAGCUUGAGAAAAGCCGAUCGUGCAGCAAACCCACCGAGGGGGAGCUGGCGUGGAGUGACCAGGGACAUAUACACAAGUGGAAUUCGAAAAGGAAGAAAACAACUCUUUGCCAUUCUAUCGCUCCAUUUCACAUUUACUCCCAAACCGUCUGGCUAGGCCGAAAGAUCUGACUGCCGGCGCGAUGCGCGAGAUAGAAAACACUUAGUGCCUUUGUGUAUCGCCCCGGGUUUAGGUUUAGCAAACCUUUCUCAGUCUUGGUUGCCGCCGGUGCGUGAUACAACCGUCAAACAUUGCCGGCUUCUUGUAGUCGGUCCGAUGCGAGAUUGCUAAAGUGCCAGAAACAAUUCAUAUUUUAUCACAAGCGUUUGUGUGGAGUUUUUCAAAAAUCUCGCUCGUCGGUUGCCCACUAGUAGUGUGUUCAAGAGCUUGGCAGUGGCGUAUUUGGCUUGGAUACAUCUGUCCAAAGCAAUGUCUGUUUUUCAUCAAUAAUAUCGGAUAGCGAUCCUGCUCCAUCGGAUCGAUCUUACCGCCAUAGUUCAUCAUAAUUACAGCAAUGUAGUGCGGCGUACGCUUGGUGGCAAAUUAUCCGCCGCUGAUUCAUGUCACGUGCCAGAACAGACGCGAGAACCAAAUGCGAGAAUUUCGUUAGACCAAUGUUUGAAAAAAGCGGUGCCGUGCGUUGGUGCUUGUCGUUAGCACAUUCGAUCGUGUGUGCGCUAAAAUAAUCAGCAGGCGAGGUAGUAACGCUGCGCUUCUUCCUUCCUUCGCGAGGGCAUGGAUUUUGUGUGUGAUAUGGACGACGCUAGAUAGGUAAUGAGGUGGUGUUGGUGAAAACAGUGGUGUGCCGUGCUCAAAUCACGGCAGCUUCUAACAACAAUUGCAUUUGUCGCUACUAAUCCGACAAGCCUAUCCAAAUUCAUCAUUCGCGCCCGUUACGCACGGUUCGCGUUUCGUUAUUCUUUUAUUCGCGCGAGACAGUGACAUUGAUAAUGGUUGACAGUGUAGCACACCACCAAAUAUACGCGGCGGCAGAUUGCGGUACAAUCGUGUGUUGGUUCGGUCCCAGAUACGAUAGGUCACAGAUACGAUAGCAUUCACACAAGUGCUUGGCUGUGUGCGAAUGCACAGUUGCGGCCGUGUGUACGUAGGAAGAGUUGUCACAUCGAGUCGGAAAACAUGAGGUGCAGUUCGUGUAUCGGCAGCAGCCGUCGUAGUCAAUCUAGUGACGACCAUGAAUCCACAUCGGCGUUGCGGCAAAGUAAAACAGCUGAUUUGGAGCUAGACCACAGCAGCAUGGAUCAGCCCCAUCAUCGUUCAAGCCCACCACAGACUGCGUAUCGUGUGGAUUCGCCCACGGCAAAGCAAGAGGAUGCCCAUUCAUCCACGGCUAGCCAUUCGGAGCAUUACCGCCCUCCAUCGAUAACGAUCGAAGAGCUCGAUGACGAUGACGAUAAUGCUGUCGAAUACGGCGCAGAAACGCUCGGUACAGCAUCAGCAUCGGCAGCGAUAAGAAACUACGAAGGUAUUACAAAUUCUGCCAGUGUGUCCACCUACUAUCAUACUCCUCUUGCAGUGCAGCCUUCCCGUGGUGGACCGCUGGAAAUUAUACGCGAAGAGGAACACACCGACUGUAGCGACGGUGAAAAUUCACAUAUUCUGCCAUCGUCCGAUAGCGCCACCGUUAGACCAUUGCCCCAGAAGGAAUGCAAAUCGACGAAAGUGAACAAAACAAGUGGAGACGAGAACGGUGCCGAGUGCGUUACUACCAAAUUCAACUCUGUGAAUGUAUUGCGCGAUUUUCUACGCUACCGAAGGCAGAGAAAACGACGACGUGGAACCUCGGCGAUUCAAAAUGCUGCACCACAGUUCCAACCAAGCGAACAGCAGGUUCCAACGACGUGUAUGCUGGUGGACGCUAGGGAGAGCAAUAUCGCACCGACCGAGUUCCGAAGUAUCUGCACCACGGAAAUAGUCAGCAGUGAAGUAUUGCAGGUCGAAGUAGUCAACAUUGGAUCCAACUCGAGCAGUCUCGAUGACCUUAGCGAUUUGGAGCAGGAAGGGCAUCCUGAUCCUGAGAAUCUAGUUUUCAUCGACCAUAUCGAAGACGACAGCGACAAUGCGAUUCAUCCUGAUCCUGACAGCGACUCAAAUCAGCAACACUGUGUAAUUGAGGGUGAUGCUUCAAAUUCUACUCUUUCUCUGAGCAACGAAGACCUGCGCCAAACAACCGAGGAUGAAGAGCAACCACCAGCUUCUUCCGACGGCACUGUGCAAAACCAUGUCCCCACCGACGACGGUCGAAGUUUGGGGGAAAAUCUUCCUAAACCCAGUGAAGAUCGUGCGGCGCUUGCGCAACAGGACAAUCUACAACGAACCCAAAUGUCGGACUCUGGCACUGUUGACGAUCUUGCGAAUGGGUGUGCGUUAACUACCACCGCUGCUGGUGACGUUGAAACGGGCCACCGUGAAGAGCGUCACGACGAGGUCUCGGAUGCUGCUGAGAACAUGAGCGAGCAGAGACACACUUUCGAGAGCAACGGCGAACCAGACUCGACAGUAGUAGGGUGGUCCACCGUCGAACGUAGUAGCGCUUCGGUUCUAGUUGCCGAUCGUGAUCGCACGUCGGCUGUCGUCAGUAAUGAUGAAAAUGUCAUCAAGCCUUUGAAGGACCCGCCGUCCUCGGUGAUCGAUCGUGAUUGUGCAGCAAAGUUCGGUAUCGAUUGCACUGUGAAUCAUAGUGUUCGGGUCGGGAAAACACCGUCGGUGAUCGAGCAAACCAUGCACCCCGGAGACAAAUCCCGUGCUGCUGCUCCUGCUGCUGCUUCCGCCACCUCUACUGGUGCGAUCAUUGUACAAAAGGAAAACCAGACAGCUCGUUCCUCGCCUCCACCGGCCGCCCGUUCUGUGGCGCAGGUGGCACCAGGCACGGCAAUCCCGUUGCCUCCGCCUCCGAAGCAAGAGGCUGCAAGUGUGACUAAUCUAGGUCAACAUCCGGUCGUAUCUGCAGAAGACGGCAAAUCCGACGCACCGACCCCACCUGUACCACCGCCACCACCAGCACAGCAGCUGGUCCCUCUAACCGUAGAGGCCCUUUCGUCGUCGAGUACGGCCGGAUAUAACCCGUCGGCGAAUAAUGCUCAAGCUCUUAGUAGCGAUCAUCCUAGUCAAACUGAUCAUGCACAUGCUGAUCAAGAUAGUGCGGAAAAUUGUGUCGAUGCAGUAACAUCGGUGGAGCAGCAGCAGCAGCAGCAGCAAGAUUCGUUGUUGAACGGCAGCACUGUCGAUGGGCAAAGUACGUUGCUGAAAUACAUACAGGCGCACAGUGCCGCCGCCGAGGAUUCAAGUGAAAAGCGUUAUCAAGGAAAAACUCAAAACUCGGCUAAAGUAGCCCCAGUCUCGACGGGCGGCAGUGAUUCGAAACGGCACCAAACGGACCAUCCCAUUCCCGUUCGCUCCGAUGCUGCCAGUCCCGGCGAGGGCAACGCCGACCGUGAAGCAAAAAUAGAACAGACCUGUGAAGAUCACGGUGGACAGAACUCGGGUGAUAGUUACGAACACACCGUGUUGCGGGUAGCCCCAAAUUUACGUAAUACUGACCAUGAAACCCCACGCACCGGGUCCGACACUGGAAUGAACAAUGUAGCGCGCAAGAAGCGUCCCAGCAAGUUCGUUGAGCCAACAGCUCCUUCCAGGGCAGAGCGUGUUUCCAAUCAGGCGCACAACACUUCCACGGUACAGUCAAAGCAAGAACCGACGACCGAGGAUUUGCGUUCAGAAAUAAGUCGCAUGAAAGAUCAGGAGCUGCAGGAUGAAUUUCGCAAGCUGGAGCUAGAAACGGCCAGAUACGAACGGGAACUACAACAAAUCGCACUACCCUUGCAAGAGUCCCACCAGCAAACCAAUGGCAAAUACUCCAAACAAUAUUUCGUUUCGAAACAAAACGAUUUUGUAAUAGAGCGAUCUAGCCUGUCAAGCGUUAAAACUUCGAACAUGGUUGGUAUUACGAAUGGUGGUGUAAGUCAGUCAGACAUCCGGAAGCACGGUGAAAGGGUCGCUGGAGCACAACAAGAGACGAAAAGUUGUACAGAACAGCGUCCCGUUCCCGUGCCUCCUCCACCGCCUGCAGCAGCUUCCACCGAUUCCUCCAUUGAUAAUGAAGAAUUCUUUACCAAAAAAGUUAAAGAUCGUGUGCGUGAUCUAAUGGCCUCUCAGGCUGCGGCUGAGGAAGCAAAGAACGCAGCCAAGAUGCGUGCGGGCGGCGGUUUUGCUAGGGCCCCUUCGACACCGACUGCGAGCCGGAAACACAUAGAAGCGGAUUUUAAAGAGUUUAGGGAAAUGCGUCAGCGAGAAGCGUUUGCCGAACGGAAGUCACUAGAAACCACCAACAACGUACCAGCGAAGCCGCAGCAGCAGCAACAACAGCACCAGCCUCGUGCUCCUACCGUGCGAAACUUUUCACCGUCACGAAUUCCUCUCGCCACGUCCAAAACUUCCUUCGUGUUGCAUAGAAAAACGAACGAUGCACAGGGCUCGACCAGCACGGUCAAGGAACCUAGCCCCGAAUCUAAGGCCCAGACAGCGGAGGCAACCGAUGCUGAAGAGAUUAAAGUAAAUGUAGCAGCACUAAUUGCUACUCACCAAGAAAAGCAGCAACUGAGCACAUUGCCGCCAAAUGCACACAGCUCGAGCAAGGUGGCCGCUGCUGCUCCCACUCAGCAUGUGGAGCCUGCGGUACAGAACGGCCCAGCAUCCGACGAACUGGUAGUUAGCGUUAGUGACAAGUGCCAACAGUUCGAACAGCGCAUUCGGCAGAACUCACUGGACGCCGGUGUGUGUGAUGUGACGAAUCCGCGCAGGACCUGUCCCAGUGACCAACCGCUCCAGCCGCAGAAACCGGGUACGACUCAUGGUAUAUAUGGCGAUGUUUGUUGUGAUGCUGUGGAUAAUGGUUCCCUGCCCGGGAUUGACUUGCUGCAUGAAAUCGAUCACGCGCUAGUGCUUGCCAAAGAUUUCUUGUUUACUCGCGGAGUAUGGUCACCCUUUAAUCGCUCCACAGAAGUCCUUACCAAAGAAGAACUUGCCGAGCGAACACAAAACAAAUCCAGCACAUCGCAACAGCAACAGCCUGCCGUGUGGACACCGCGAAGCGCCCCACCAUCGCCCUUAUUCGAACGGCGCGAAUUCCGUCGGAUUGGAUUCGAAACGCCACCACCAACCCAAAGAACGUCAACUCCAACUCCUGCCAACGCAGCGUCAGUGGUAACGCCUCCUUGGAAUCAGCCAGGCUACAAUCCGCCUCUGGCAGUGUCAGAACAGCCGAAGCCGAUCUCCGGUCAAAGUUCUGGAGUAACUGGACCCAACGCCAUCAGGCCAACGCCGAUAGCAACAACACCACCACCACCACCACCUGGACAGGGAGGGUAUCAAGUACGCUUUCCAAGAUCUACCAACUCACAAGAACCAACGAUCAAUUCUCUACUGAAAUCUAAAGAUGGAAAGACAGCGACCAUAAAUGGUUCGGCGACGUCGGAGAGUCUGAAAAAGGGCUCAACGAUAACUGCCAGUACGAUACGCACUUCAUCGUCUUUGACCAAGCUCGAUAACGUGGUGGAUACCAGCUAUGCCAGCAGUCAACCUCCACCAAUAAGACCUAAGCCAGAGCCAUCGAGUGCCGCUUUACAUGCGAGAAGUGACUCACAGGAACGCAAAAUGCAACAGUCAGCACCGAAGGUCGAAGGAAUCGGGCCUAUUUCCCGAGAAGGAAUGCCACUCACGUUACGAUCUGAGAUUGACGAGGGAAACCGCGACAAGUGGUACAAGCAAAUGUACCAAACACUCCACAAAACACACGAUGAUGACGAUUACGUUACCGUUCGAUACAAAACUCGCAGAGGAUACCCGUACAAAUCGACUGGCUAUCAGUCGGAGCCGGAAGCGAACUACGACUCGGACUACACUAUCAAGUAUAGCACCCUUGACCGAAGACGCACUCCUGUUGGCUUGAGUCCCACCAGCUACAACAAAUUCAGCACGCUGCAAAGCGCACCUACAACACCGCAACCGUACCACCAUCAGCAGUCGGUCAAAUCGGGCCACUCGGCGUACAAAAACCAACCGGGAAGAAUCGAAGAUUACACACCGGGACGUUCGUCGAUCUCGGAAAAAGAAUCUAAAGAGUGGUGGGAUGAAGUAAUGGACAUUUUUAACGGGCAACUGGAACAUCAGAAGCUUACCACUAGCAAGACGUACACCGAGGGAAAUUUGUCCAGAGCCCUUAAGGAGCAGGGAUACGAAAGUGAUUCGACGCUAGUUUUUCGAAAACGGGAACCGACAGCCAGUGCAGCGCUAAGUCCGGUCGAGCAAAAGCAACACUACAAAACCAUGCAAGCUGGAGGCGAGAUUCCACUGCAAGGUUUCCGUAAACCUGCCCCAGAAAGGCCAAAAGCAAUCGAAUCGGACUUGGUGGUGGAAAUUAAGGAAAACAAUUGCGACACCAACUCCAACAUCGCCUAUGCAGGCGACAGUAACACUAUCGCUUGCUAUCCGAUCACCAACAUCCAUCGACCGCUGGACAUGUUCGGAUCGUUUCCCAAGGAGUCGCGAACGUUCGUACCGCCGGUACCGCCAAGCCGAAAAUCUUCGCGCAGCAACUCAACGCUGAAGAUCAUGGCCCAGGUGAAAACCAACACGUUCAAUAGACGUACGAUGUUGGAGCGUACGACAACAACAACCACAUCGGCCGCUAAUCCUCACACGGCCAAGUUCCGCUCGAAGUCUGCCGGACCACUGCUGUUCGGCGGAGGCGCCACCUCAAGCUCCUCGAUCAUGUCAAUGUCCGCGUCGAUGAUGAAGGAAGAGAAAAACCAGGAAAACAAUACACGUGUCGCUUCUAAACGCUCCACGGUGGCGGCUUACCGUGCAGCCUCGAGCAGUCCCACCGGACAGGCACGCAAACCGAGCCAAAGUCCGGUGGCAUUCGGUCGGGGCAUCUCGAAGGAACGUACGUUUGCCGAAGAAAAGAAGCGCAUCGAGGAGAAGCUGCCCAAGAUUGUGUCCGUGUCAACGAGCAUUUUACGCAACCCGGAGCUUAAGUCUCCGAACGAAGUGAAAAAGGCGCUCCGGAGUUCGUACCUUCCAAUCGUGGGAAAGGUGGAAACCGCGGAAGGAUCAUCGUUGAAGCGCUUCUCUUCCAGCGGAACAUAUCGAAGUGCGUCCAGCAUUUACUCGUCUGACAAGAGCCUGAACAGAGUGCUAUCGCCCGCGUCGAACCAUAAGAAGGAAGAAAAGUCCUUCAAGGUUUCCAUCGCAACAGCGCCGUCUUCUAAGGGAAAGGACACUUCGCUGCAAAAAAGAUCUCUCAAUCGGAAAUCAAACACCGGCCGUGCACCGACCAUUACCAUCAAAACCAGCUUCCAAAAGGCGUCGAAAGCGUUCGGACUCAAAACCACCUCAUCUUCCAACCAAAGUCUCGCCCGCUCCUGUUCGACGUAUUCAAUCGAUUCCACGGCGUCCAAGUCUCGUAGGUCACGCAUUUCCUACGCUCCAUCGGCGUCCAACACGUUAGCAACGACCAGAAACUAUCGCCAAACACCGCAGCGAGUGGUUAUGGGGAGUAGCUUCGAUCGUGGAAUAAAAUCUCUCAAAACCAAGUCCCCUACAGUGGGUUCACAGCAGAGCGCCUACAGCCAGAGCAUUGUUCAGCAGAAGGAAAACCUGCGUUCCGAUGCCUUUUUCCAGAAGCUUUUCCUGCAGACAUCUUCACCCAACUUCGACACGGACGAGAAGCCGCCGACAAGCGUGCUAGAAAAGGCUCACCACUGGAACAAACUGACCUGUCGUUCGGAACCUUCGCUCAAACAAUCGAACUACUAUCUGACACAAGCGAAACCCGUAUCGUCUUCCAAAUUCAAAACAAAGGACAAGCAUGACAGCGCGAAGGUAGCGACAGAAUAUCAAACCGUCCGUCAGGUAGGUCCUGACGUGAUCGAGCAAGUGCAUCGGUUCGAAUCGAUGAUGAAGCUGACGGAAGAUCAGCCCGAGGAUCAGCAAAACCAGUUUGGUUACGUGCGUGGACGACGGAUGGAAAUCGACUUCAGCUUUCAUGAGCGUAGUCGCAGUGAGCCACCAGCGCAAACGAUGACCACCACCACCACCACCACGACCAGUACGACAAUACAGGAAGAGCUGAUCGGUACCGAUUCUCCCAGGACGAUUGUUGGACGCCGGUGCCAGAUCGCCCAGCGCACGUCGCGAUCUCCUUCCUGCCGCCGUAUACAAUAUCUGAAAGGCAAAGAAGGGCAGGUGAAGAAAAUCAUUCGAGCACGCAGUCUGAGCGGUAACGCAGGACAGCGCGAACGAGGGGCAAAGUCGAAGGAUGAGCUGGUGCGCAGCCAUUCGCUAAAUCUUAGCCAAGAACCGUUGGUCUCCCGUAGCCGUUUUCGCGAUCUGAACAAUUUCUACAACAGCUUGGAGCGUCUCGGGCAGCUAGAGCGCGUCACUUCAUCCUCAUCUAACGAUUUACGACCCUCGCGACGUACGCGCGAAGAAGAAAUAAUCGAUUACGACCUCUGGAAGCGGGUGCGCGAUCAAGAGAAGGCAGAGCGUGAGCUGAACCAACUGAAAAGCAAGCUGAAGCAAGAUCAGCGCGAAAAGGAUUUGUUCUUCUUACCACGCGAUCCGGAAGACGUGCGCUGGAGAAGCGAUCAGGACACAGGGCUGCGCAAUCGUGAAAAAUCGGUAGAGGAUCUAAAGUGCAUCCUGAACGAGCAGGCCCUCAACUUCGAGGAUGCCAAACUGCGCGAUCUGGAAAACCGAAAGGAUUACUACAAACCACUGUGGCGCGGAUCGUCCGUCAUUGAUGUGGCGUCCCAUCUGGAGGAAAAGUAUUCUACCGCGGGCGAAAAACGGGACGAGCCUCAGUCGCUUGACAUUAUCAGCAGCAAUCUGCUCAGCACGCUGUCCUUCGAGCAGAUGAAGAAGCUGAAGAACCAGCUUAGUGAAAUUUACAGCACCGGCACGCAGAAAGAUCCGACAACGGUAAGCCGGGCCACCACCCAAGUGCAUCAGCAAGAGGAAUACGUUAUCAACGUGCCGGAACGAGCCAGUAGACUCGAGACGCUGCUCAAGGUGCGUAGUCAUUCGGUGCUCACACAGGACAAGAUCAAUGAAAGUCAUCUUCGAACGCAAGUGACCGCCUUCGGGAAGAAAUCGAGCGACAAAAGCGAUCGAGUGUUGCCGAAGAAGUUUGAGAGCAACUCCCUACCUUGCAAGGCAGUCGACCGUGAGGCUCUCUCCCGAACUCUUUGUCAAGAGUUGAAGGAUAAGAUUCUGGAGAAGCAUCACACACUACCAUCGAUCGGCAAAAAGAAGAAACAUGCCCGACCCACAAUUCUUACGACGGAAACGUCUCACUUCCUGUCGCUAAAUAGUAAUCUGAAAAAAGCCAGCGAUACCAAACCUGCCCCCCAGCCUUCCCGCGACGCUCCACGCAAGGAACGCGAAAAGGAGUUCGAGGUGAUCGUACGCAACGAGCCUUCAAAAUCUUACUGCGAUACGGAAAGCAUUUCUUCCGAAACGUCCAACAAAACCGUCAUCUUCCGCAGUCAAUCGAUGGCCCAAGCGGUCGACGUACCACCAGUGGAGGACAUCAAAACCAAGAUCAAAUAUUUUGAGGAAAAGCAAGCGAUCGAUGAAACGCCUACGGUCACAAUUUAUCAUGCUCGCGAAGAUUCGUCCCUUUCCGAGAAUGAGUCCGGGCCGCAGCGAGAUGAUGAGCACGGCAAGACAAUCGCUGCUAAGGGGACAUGCAGUUCCAUGAUAACGCUUUCCCAAUCGUUCACCGAUCUGAAGGAUCUGUUUGGAGAGAAGCGAUCCGUGUCCUGCUCCACCUACACUGCCAGCACUUCCCAAGAUUCGAAUCGAAGCUCGGCUCGUAAAUUGUCCCCCAAGCGGUUCACUCUCCGCUCACGCAGCACCACCCCGGACUAUGCCACCUGCAUACAGACGGGCGAGGUGAAAAAGAUCAAGGACAAGUUUGAAAGCUUGGACGUGAACAUAUGGCGCCAAUCGGCAGCCACGUCUGCCAGCCCGGAACGUCAGUAUCAGAGUGACUCGGAGCUAGGUCGCCACCCGUCCGGAGAGGACGAGAAGAAAGCGAAUGAUGGCACGGGGAAGCGACAGUGCAAAGCGGCGACAGGAUCAACGAUCGUGCGUCACCACGAGUCCGGAGACGUGUCCCGCAUUACGCACAAAUAUGAAGCCCAGUCGGAACGUGCGCGGACCAGGAAGUCUCGCAAGGAACGCGUCAUAUCACCCAUUCCUAAGAAUCCCUUUCGCAAGGACGAUCGCUUUAUGCCGCACAUAAACGUGAUCAGCAAGACGGCUUCGCUCAAGCGAGAAAUGAAGCCAACGCGAACUUCCAACGCACAUCAAUCGGCGGCAGCUGCAAAACAACAACCGGCCGCUGUGCUCCAGUCCGCCCAGUUGCCAAACGUUUCCGCCGGCAGCAAUCGGCGUAGUGCGUCCUCCGGUAGCGAAGAGUUCGAAAAGCUUAAAAGUAAGUUUGAAUCGGGUGAGCAGCUUUCACUGCUCGGCAAGAUGUACACCUCCGUGCCGGACAUUCGUGAGUUGAAGGACAUUUCGGGCUAUCUGUCCGGCGCCUGGAUUGCGCACCAGUUUCCCCGGCCGACCGACAAUGCACGCUCGCUUGCCGCACCGGACCAAUCGCCCCCGGGCAGACAGAUCGUCCGCAAGGGAUCGGCUCCGAGCCCGGAUCGGUUCCACCGUCACCAUUCUUUCCGCUUCCACACGCAUCAGCCUGAGACGCUUCGCAUGCACUCCUCACCUUCACCGCGACAGUCCUCCGACAGCAAGACGCGACACAAACGUAAUGGUAGCGAUGGUGUCGAUGGUUUCCUUAAGCAAUUUUACACUCCCGACGGUGGCGAUACGCCGUACCACGAUCAGAAGGAUAGCUGGGAAAAGUCGAGAUCGAGACGCCGUCUUGAAGUCGAAGCGCUCUGGAGAAAGAUACAGGCAAUGACGGGCAACACGCCGACCGCAGGGACGGACGUGCCGGUCGACAAACCGUCCGUAACAUUCGAAGGUUUUUCAAAACUCUUUUUACCUUUUUCAUGCAUAGUCUUUAGAUCCACCACCAUUAUGAACACCCUUGCUAGUAGAGAGAUGUCGAGCGUUAGAUGUCUCCGAUCUGUGGUCUAUGUUAGGGUGCUAAUCAGUGUUGCGCGUACUACCACUAUUCAGACCUCCGAAAGAGCACCCGCUAUCAGUGCUUCAGCGUUUCGAACCAAGCCAAGUGAAACAAAAAGUACUCCGCCGUGUUUCUAUAUCAGACACAGUCCAAUUUUGCCCUUGCUUUGCUCCAACAAAAUUUUUUUGUCACCGCAAAACGCACAAAUGCGGAUCACUUUCGUUAUCAAAGGUGUUCAACGAAACAGACCGAAGCGAGACCAGCGCCAAGAGUCUCCGCGUCGCUACAUUGAGAGCGAUGUCAACAUCCACUACAAAACGCCGAUCCGGUUCGAGUACAAGGAACCCAUACCGGACGACGAGCUGGCCCACCGCCAGGCCGAGCAUAUGCGGCGCGUGUACCAGGAAGAGCGCCGCCGGAAGUACAUGCACGAGCUAGAGGAUCUGCACUCCCGGCGUCACAUGGACAACAUUUUGCCUUCACAGAAAUCUCCCAUCCCGCUGAACCGUUACGAUGACUUUGCGGCCGACCUGUCCCCGAAGCCGCAAAUCGUCCAGCAGCCCAAGACGAUUGCGCGUGCGUUGUACAAUUUUCAGGGCCAAAGUAUACGAGAGCUAUCUUUCCGGAAGGGCGACAUCAUUUAUCUGAGGCGUCAAAUCGAUAAAAAUUGGUACGAAGGAGAACACAAUGCCACCGUUGGUCUUCUGCCGGCAAAUUACAUCGAGAUUAUCUCCAGAGACAACUUCAACGUUAGACCACUUCCCAAAAAGCCCUCGCGAGAAGGCAAGGCAAGGGCAAAGUUUAACUUCACAGCUCAAACUGCCGUCGAACUGUCGCUGCUGAAGGGUGAACUGGUGACGCUUACCAGACGAGUGGACGAUAAUUGGUUCGAAGGAAAAAUUGGCAGCAAGAAGGGAAUCUUUCCUGUAUCGUAUGUAGAGAUACUGACCGACAUUGAUGGCGAGGAAAGCUACGACAUCGAACCGAUUGUCAGCCGUCCCCAGUCCGCUCUUGGCGUUACAAGUCAAUCAUCGCACGCACUCACGACGCACUACGACAAUUCGCACACAAACGGCCGUAUUUCGCCCGGAGUAGUGCGAGAAACGAAGACGAUUCAGAAAACGGAAGUCCUGCACGUGGACACCUCCAACGAACCUAUAUCUUAUCGAGCGCUGUACAACUACAAGCCACAAAACACCGAUGAGCUGGAGCUGCUCGAAGGGGAUGUAGUUUAUGUGUUGGAGAAAUGUGACGACGGUUGGUACGUCGGCACGUCCGCCCGCACCGGAUGCUUCGGAACGUUCCCCGGCAAUUACGUGUCGAAAAUGUGAGCUACACAGAGGGACAGCACAUGAAGGAUUUGGAAUUCACGCGCCGAACGAUGCGCCCGGCAGCUUAUUAUUGGCAUCAUCAUCAUCACCAUCCUGCACAUGGGCGGCCGGCUCAAGUGUGUUAGCAGCGUGUUAAAGCACCGAAAGCAGAGCAGACCAAGCAACGCACCCUUGCCAACAACAAUGAACGUUUCGUUUGUGAUGCAACAAAGAGUAAUACCAAAAACAAAAACAAAACACACAAAUCACAACAAAAACAAGGACAACUAAUACUAUCACAGUAGUGUCUUGCUAGUCAUAGUCGUAGAUACUAUAUUUAACCAAACAAAGCGCUGCUCGAUUAUGCGUCCAAAAUUAAUUCAUUCGGCGAAGAGAGCAACUUAAGCAAGUAGAGCAACAUCAAGAAAGUCGUCUACUUUUCUCUCGUUCGUUUGAAGCUUUUAGCAAAACACAAGUGCCUGCAAGCAAGCAAUUACGAACCCUGUUGUUGAAUGAUGUGUACCCCGUCAUAGGUCAGGAUAUUUGAAUCACUGUGACUGAUAAAUUCGAACGGGCCUUAAGGACUCAGUUUCAUGCGAAGAGAUUUCGAUUACACAAAAGAAAAAACACAUUUGCGUACCCGACGUACAGUGAGUGAUUGGUUGCAUUGUGCUUUCUGCAUAACGGAAUCAAACGCUAACCAUCGCUAACAUGUCCUGUGAACUAAUACGUUUGUUUGUCAAGGAUAUCUCAUGAAGCAGCUGUUUUAAAAUGCAAAAUAGGGAAAAGUUUUAGAUUCGAAUUAACACAUACACGUGACACACCUACUUACAACAGAAAUGAGCAUCUCUUGCGCGCCUUUUGCAGUGCAUUAACACACAGUUGAUACUGGGUAGUGGGGUUUACCUGAGCGUAACCGUGUUUUUUAACGUCUCGUAAAGUUUUCCACCAGCUUUAACCUCUCUAACAGAUGUUCACUACCGUCGUACCAUUAGCAACAUAACAAACUCACACAUACACACACACACACGCAUACAUCACAUUACACACGGUUAACCAGCGCAAAAACCACCAUUGGAUACUUAACCAUUUUGUUUUGUCAUUAAGAUGUUCACCAAGUGUAUCUACCUGAUAGGCUCUAACGACACGUAACUGUUUGUUAAAUGAAGUGAUUCAAUAAUAAAUAAAAUACCGACAACUACUAAACGGA